AUGUCGGACAGUCGCUCCGAAUCAGACUCUGCCUCUCACGAGAGCGAAUAUUCUCCUCCCGAUUGUCACUCCAUCAUAUUCACCAUCUCACUGCCUUAUUACGUUGAAAACAGCGAUGAUGAAGAUUCGGAGCAAUGGAAUGAAGAGAAAGGACCAGGACAACGACAAUUUCUACCACGGAGACGCGACAGCCAAAGAUUAAACCUAUGCUUCCACCGCGACUGGCACCCAACAGUAAGCACCCUCGAGUUGCACUUUUCUGACAAAGGUAUCCAGACAUCCUUUUCAGGCCGGCCACCGCUGCACAAAGAAGACACACGUAUCCUCACACUCGAAUGCAAUCGAAUUACGUUCCCUACCUCAUCUGUGCAGUCCUCCUCCUUCGAGCUAUAUAAAUGGAUUCUGAUUGCCGCCGGGCUCUACUUUGCCGCCGUUACUCUCAUCAUGAUUGCGGUGGAAGUCUACGUAUACUAUGACGUGUCGGUACUGAGGUCCAUGGAAGAACGAUGGAGAGAGAUUCCGCUGUCGGCGGAGCUGAGCCGCAUCGCGCUCCUCUACGGCAACGCCGCGUCGUCGGUCGUCAAUCUGACCGAGUCCACCGGCUUGGUGCUUUCGGACCUGAUGGACAAAAUGGUCCCAUUGUGCCGCCAUGCCGAUCUUCUCCCGCACAACAUCAGAACCGUCUGCGACGAAUACGACGCCAUCCUGACCGAAGCUGUCGGAUCCCACGCAAGGUUGCAGAGUCAGGCUUCUUCUUGGACCUUGGCUGGGGCACAGGAUGGUUCGCGGUUGAAGGAUUUACUUUUCUGUUGGCAUGACAUCCGCUCAGUUGAUCACGACGACGGCGCCGACGAGCCCGACGCGGACGCCGUCUUUUCGUGCGUAACGAAGCUGCUGAGACGUUGGAGAGAUACAGAUAGCGGCGUCAUAUUCUCCAGGGCUGGGGAUCACGCGCGUGAGUUGGAGUGUCAGCUGCGCGACAUGAGGUCCCGUCAGGGUUGGAUCAUUGACCCUUUCGAGAGGUUCAUCCAAGGGGGUUCUAACCGGAGUGAGCCCAGGGUCUUUCUACAGACAAUCUCGUCGCUCCUAACCGCCGUGAAGAAGAAGACCGAGCCAGAACUCGACGCGCUGAUAGACAAGAUGGAGGUGUUGCAGGAGGCGAUGGAUUCAGCGAGGACAGAGGGAGCCAUGCUUGAAGCGGAGCUUUUGGCGCUGCAUGCCGUGGGCUGGGUAACAUGGCCGAUGGGACACGCCGUGUUGUCCAAGUUUCCGGCCAUUGAUCGGAUGGUGGCAGAUUUGGAUCAGACCAUCGGGGUGCUCGAGAGGAAUAAAGCUUGA